CGGCGACGAUCGCACGUUUCGGCACCAGAUACAAAAGGCUCGCUCUUACGUCAUUAGAAAUUUCGCGAGUUGAGAGAGAUGUGCAUUGCCGUGAUUCCACUUGCAGUCACGCAUGCAUCGAUGCGCGCGUGAAAAUCGGUCCGGCCGCCGUCAUCCAUGGAGGAAUCCGCCGCCGCUAAGCCUCGGAGAACCACCACCAACGCCAACACCGACAGCACCACCACCACCACCACCACCACCGUCGCCACCGCGGAUCGCCCGGCGCCGGAGCCCGGCGGCGGGGAGGACGCCGGCCCGGAGGGCGGGGGAUGCGACGUCGAGGUCUGGGAGAUGCUGAGCGCGAGCUUCAGGCAAGUGCAGUCCGCGCUCGACCGGAACCGGGCGCUCAUCUCGCAGGUCAACGAGAAUCACCAGUCCAAGGUUCCCGACAACCUCGCGAAGAACGUCGCGCUGAUCCGCGAGAUCAAUGGGAACGUCUCGAAGGUGCUUUCGAUAUACUCGGAUUUGUCGGUCAAUUUCUCCGGCGUCGUGUAUCAACGCCGUGCCUUGCAGAACGGUGCCGGCGGAAGGAACGGCGGAAAGCUGGAGAGCUCGGGGGCCUGAUCGCAUCCAUCGAUUGAGCGAUGAUGGUUUAUCAGUAAUAUCAAUCACUUUAAGCUUGUGCUUCUUGAGCUUUGAUCGAAUUUCAAUACUCUCUUGGUCAACAAAGUUGACCUUGGCUCGUUUCUAGCUGUGUCUGGUCUUGCGAAAGUAAGUCUUAGAUGUUUGGCUGUUCGUGUCGGUGAGUAGUACUGUCUUUCAAUUGGAGCCAGCUCUGUCGUGGUCAAUCGCGAACUUGGUACUCAUGUGUUGCGUUUGUUAUGCUUCUUUUGUAUUGUAAGGACGCUGACUGCGGGACUGCUUCUCUUCAUUACUAGCCCCGCACCGCCGAGAUAUGAAGGUACUUAUGUUCUAUUGGGUC